AACCGCCUCGACGACGACCACGACGAGCACUAUGAUGCCGCCAUCCUCUUCACGCGCGAGGAUUUAUGUGGGCAUCAUUCAUGUGAUACUCUGGGAAUGGCAGACGUUGGGACCAUAUGCUCUCCUGAGCGCAGCUGUGCAGUGAUUGAAGAUGACGGCCUCCAUGCAGCUUUUACAGUGGCUCACGAAAUUGGGCACUUGCUUGGGCUUUCCCAUGAUGACUCAAAAUUUUGUGAGGAGAACUUUGGCUCCAUGGAAGAUAAGCGCCUGAUGUCCUCCAUUCUGACUAGUAUCGAUGCUUCAAAACCCUGGUCCAAAUGCACUUCAGCAACUAUAACAGAAUUUUUCGAUGAUGGUCAUGGUAACUGUUUGCUGGACCAACCGAGAAAGCAGAUCCUGGGCCCCGAGGAGCUUCCGGGACAAACCUACGAUGCCAUUCGUCAGUGCAAACUGGCGUUUGGACCCGAAUACACGGUGUGUCCCGGUAUGGAUGUGUGCUCUCGCCUCUGGUGUGCAGUUGUGCGCCAAGGCCAGAUGGUUUGUCUGACUAAGAAGCUGCCUGCUGUGGAGGGAACACCAUGUGGAAAAGGGAGGAUCUGCCUCCAGGGAAAAUGUGUUGACAAAACCAAGAAGAAAUACUACUCAGCUUCAAGCCAUGGUAACUGGGGGUCCUGGGGACCUUGGGGACAGUGCUCCCGUACCUGUGGCGGAGGAGUUCAGUUUGCUUAUCGUCACUGCAAUAACCCAGCUCCUAGAAACAAUGGCCGGUACUGCACCGGCAAGAGGGCCAUCUAUCGCUCCUGCAACGUUGCACCCUGCCCAGCAAAUGCUAAAUCUUUUCGACAAGAGCAGUGUGAAGCAAGGAAUGGCUAUCAGUCUGACACAAAGGGUGUCAAGACAUUUGUUGAAUGGGUCCCCAAGUAUGCUGGAGUACUUCCCGGAGACGUUUGCAAGCUCACCUGCCGAGCCAAAGGAACUGGCUAUUAUGUGGUAUUUUCUCAGAAG